AUUAAUUUGCACAACCUACUGUAGUACAUAUUAUGAUGCAUUUAUAAUCAUAAGAGCGUCUUUUGUAAAUGUUUAUAUAUGCCUUCACCUUGAUGCAGCUUCAUGUCAUUAGCCUCCUCCUUGGACGAUCCAAUGAUGGAGGUGAAUGAGAGAGACAUGGAACUUACUCAACAUGGUUUCUUAGAGGAGUUCCUUGAUCUAAGGGGAGAAACUUGGAACACAUAUCCUACUAUGGAUGAGUUCAUUCCUGAUGGUUGGAACUUUGAUACUUUCAAUGAGAAUGUAGUUUUUGCUACAACAAAUUCUUCAUUGGAAGGAUUUUCCAUGUCAAAAGGGCCUACAUUUGAAUAUCCAUUUAAUGAAAUUCAUCCUUCUGUCGGUGGAUUUACUGUACCAGAGAUUGAUUCAUUACAUGGCAAGAACAUGAUGCUACAAUUUCCAAUUCAGUACCCAUCAGUGGUGAAGGAUGAAGAGAUCAGCCUACUCAACAAUAGUCCUCACAUUGUGGAAGAAAGGGAUAAUAGCUGCAAAUUUGAGAUGGAACAAGCUGCCAAUACUCCAGUUUUCAGCACAAGUCCCUUUGGAGAGAGAAAGGCUCGAGUUAAGAAGAUGGAGGGGCAGCCUUCAAAGAAUCUAAUGGCAGAAAGAAGGCGAAGGAAGCGACUGAAUGAUCGCCUUUCCAUGCUCAGAUCAAUUGUUCCAAAAAUAAGCAAGAUGGACAGAACAUCUAUUCUUGGAGAUGCCAUAGAUUAUAUGAGAGAGCUCCUAGAAAGAAUGAAUAAGUUGCAAGAAGAACAAAUGCAAGCAGGCACAAGCAGAACCAACUCACCAGGCAUCUUCAAGGAGCUAAAGCCAAAUGGUAUGAUCACGAAAAAUUCUCCAAAGUUUGAUGUGGAAAGAAGAAAUUUAGAUACCCGGAUUGAGAUUUGCUGUGCAGAAAAACAAGAAUUGUUGCUGUCAACUGUGAGCACGCUAAAAGCAUUAGGACUUGAGAUUCAACAGUGUGUCAUAAGUUGCUUCAAUGAAUUUUCAGUGCAAGCUUCUUGUUCAGAUGCAGCAGAGCAGCAAACAAUGCUAAGUUCUGAAGAUAUAAAGCAAGCAUUAUUCAGAAACGCAGGUUAUUGAAAACGAUGAGAAAUAGGUGUUGUCGGUUUGGAGAAGCUUAAAGAGAUGGAUCUCCAAGCCUGUUCUUAAUGGUAUUUUUCGAGUGAGAGAUUGUAACAAAGUUACUACUUUUGUGUUAUCUGCUCCAAUUGAUAUAAGGAUGAUUUAUUUACAGUUCUUUCCUAUAAGCUCAAACAACACUGUUGAAUUCUUAGUUCUACAUCCCACAUACUGAUAACAACCAGAAUUUAAAAUUCUCAAGAAUAGUGACCUUUAGCUUCUUAA